CAAAGAAUCUCAUUGCAUCAUGGCCCCGACGGGCCGGCUUAGCAUUGACGCCCAUGCCGCCUACCGACGCCUCGGAGUUCCGUCAACCACGCGGAAAGGAAAUCCGUCGCUUUUAAACCAGCCGGCCGCUCUACCCUCGCCCUACUGAAUUUCAGAAUAUUACCCCUUGCCCGCAUUGCUUCUUUCUUCAAUAAUACGUCGCAGUCGCAAUGGCGCUGAGAACGCCGACGCAGCGCUUGGCUCGCGAUGCGUUGAGAAGUAGCACGUCGUCACGUCUCAGCCUGUCCCGGCCCGAAACCCACAGCAGGCGUUUCGCGACUCCCGCGCCUCCCGUCACGCAGGACGCCACCGGCUCCAAGGGUCCUACCGCCAUGGUUUUCCUCAACAUGGGCGGGCCAUCGACGACUGGCGAGGUUGGCGACUUUCUGAGUCGCCUUUUCGUAUGAACCAGCAGCCGCGCUCCCCCGAAGCUCUUACUAACGUGUCUGCGUUACAGGCCGACGGCGAUCUCAUCCCCCUAGGUCGACUACAGUCAUACCUCGGGCCAUUGAUAUCAGCAAGGCGAACGCCGAAGAUUCAGAAGCAGUACGCGGCCAUUGGUGGCGGGUCUCCAAUCCGAAAGUGGUCCGAAUACCAAAACGCCGAGAUGUGCAAGAUACUCGACAAGAUCUCCCCAGAGACUGCGCCGCACAAGCCCUAUGUCGCAUUCCGGUACGCAAAUCCUUUGACGGAGGAGAUGUACACGAAACUUCUGGAGGACGGUUUUGGCAACGGAAGAGGCGGUCGAGCCGUCGCCUUCACGCAGUAUCCUCAGUAUUCGUGCUCGACGACGGGCAGCAGCCUGAAUGAGUUAUGGAAGUGGCGCCAUAGGCUCGAAGGCAAGUCUGCCUCGGACAACGGGAACGGGAGUAUCACGUGGAGCGUCAUCGACAGAUGGCCCGUUCAUCAUGGCCUAGUUGAGGCGUUUGCGCAGAACGUCGAGGCUAAGCUGGCGGAAUACCCGGAAGAGAGACGUAAAGACGUCGUGCUGCUGUUCUCAGCGCACAGCCUGCCCAUGUCUGUGGUCAACCGAGGUGAUCCGUAUCCAGCUGAAGUUGCCGCCACCGUGUACGCCGUGAUGCAGCGCCUUAAGUUCUCCAAUCCAUACCGCCUGUGCUGGCAGUCGCAAGUGGGGCCAUCUGCGUGGCUCGGGCCGCAGACGGCAACCACUGUGGAAGAGUACACGGCCAAGGGCCAGAAGGACCUCGUUCUCAUCCCCAUCGCUUUCACGUCUGAUCACAUUGAGACUCUGUACGAGUUGGACGAGGAGGUCAUCGGCGAGAGCGGGCACACGGACACAGUGAAGCGGGUUGAGAGCCUCAACGGCAGCCCCGUCUUCAUCAAUGCCCUAGCCGACAUCGCGAAAGCGCAUCUCGAGACCGGAGUGGCCUGCUCUCAGCAGAUGGGUCUACGCUGCCCAGGAUGUACGAGUGAGAGGUGUCUUGAAUCUAAGAGGUUCUUCGCUGGCCAACAGGUCAGCGUCUCUCCUCUGGGCGGCAAGACGGCUGCCUAGUGAGACUUCUGGCAUGUACCGACUACAUGCUCGUGGAUGCAUUUGGAAGGAUUUUGGGCAGUCACGGUGUUGUAAAUUAAGUGAGAUGUGGCUUUGUAGAAGAGUAGCGGAGAUUGACUAUACCAGAUGUCUCCCGCCGCUCCGUGUGUAUGGAUAAGGAAAAUGCUCGUCAUAGAAACUCAACACUCUAAUUCUCCGUAAUCGAGAGGCAAUAUACUUUUCUCGUGCG